CAGAGGUAGAGUAGAAUAGAAUAUAAUGCAUUAAUGUUUAUUUAUUUAUUUUUAUUUUUAUUUUUUUUAUGAAAAAUAUACUAAUUUAUUAGUACUACAAAUCUAAUGCAAUCAACCAAAAAAAGGUCACCUCAUUUGAACUCGAAAAAAUACGGGUGGUGGUGGUGGUGACUAGCUUCACGAUCUCCUCCCUCCACUCUCCUCAUCACUUCUCUCUCUACAUUCUCUCUCUAAACUUACACAAAAAGUAAGAAUCGCAGAAAAAAGCAAGCAAUCAAUCAAUCGCUGUUACAAAUCCACUCUUUAUAAUUACUUCUUUUAUUUAUUUUUCAUGAAUUUUUCAUCAGAUUCAAAAAAACCCAGUUCAAUUUCAGUUCAAUCAAUACGAUUUCCAAUUAAUCUUUGAUUUCCGAUGAAAUAAACAAAAGCCCAAUUCAAUCAUCGCAUCAAAUGUUCAUUUCUGUAAUCUAAAACCCUAAUUUAUAAUUUUUACUCCUUUUUGAAGCUCAAUUUUUGCUCAAAAAUGGCGCAAACUGAAGUAUAUGCGCCGAAAUCGGGUCAGCUAUGGAAGACGGUGUUGAAUUGGUUAACCUUCUUGUUCCAGAUCUUUGUUCAGAUCGUUCGAGGUACUCCUUCAAUGGCGCAAGUCUUAAAUAGCAUAGGUUUCAGCUAUGGCGGACAAACCUCGUUUCUCUCUCCUCCAAAUCCUUCUUCUUCUACUGGGUUUAAGCCUCUUCCUGUUGUUGAAAUUCCUCUUCAAUCUUCCUCUGCUACUGCCGUCGAUAUCAACGGUGUUGAUGAUGAUGCUGCUGAGCCUGGUGAUGGCGAUGUUCGUGCUUCGGACAAGCUUACCGUUGUUCUUGAUUUAGAUGAUACACUAGUUUGUGCAUAUGAGACUUCUAGUUUACCGCCUACACUUUGUACACAAGCGACAGAAGCGGGUUUGAAUUGGUUUGAGCUGGAAUGUGUAUCAUCAGACAAGGAAUUUGAAGGGAAGCCUAAAAUCAAUUAUGUGACAGUGUUUGAACGUCCUGGAUUGAAUGAAUUCUUGGAGCAACUUAGUGAAUUUGCAGAUUUGAUUCUUUUCACUGCUGGACUUGAAGGUUAUGCUAGACCUCUUGUUGACAGAAUUGAUGCUGAAAAUCGGUUCAGUCGUCGUCUGUAUAGGCCAUCGACUAUUAGCACGGAGUAUCGGGAUCAUGUGAAGGAUUUAUCUUGCAUCUCACCGGAUCUAUGCAGAGUAGUUAUAGUUGAUAACAAUCCAUUCAGUUUCUUAUUGCAGCCAGUAAAUGGGAUUCCAUGUGUACCUUUUUCUGCAGGGCAGCCACACGACAAUCAGCUUCUCGAGGUCUUACUUCCGCUCCUGAAGCAUCUCUCGGUUCAGGAUGAUGUUAGGCCUGUCUUGUAUGAAAAAUUUCAUAUGCCUGAGUGGUUCCAAAAGCAUGGAAUCCCUUCCCCUGGUUGGACAUUGUAGUGGCAGCCGGAAAGCAUUAUCCUUUGGCCGGUGAUUUAUGCAUUUUGGAGGCAGGUAUACAUUGAACUUGUAUAGAGAAGGGGCCAUUUACCAGAUUUGAAAAUUUCUUCAGCCUCGAUGAAAUUUCAAUGCUACAAUUUGUGAUCAAAUUUAUCAUAUUUCUUUUUGUAUGUAGCUUGAUUGGAGUUUAGAUUCUUCUGUAAUUUUGUAUGCCAUUAGGUUUUCCCUGUAGUCUUGUAAGAUUAAAAACUUGUAUGUUUUCUCAUCCUAAAGUUAAUAAAUUUAUGAUGUUUUCAGUUAUUUUGGGA